AGGCAAAUUUGCAGUUGUAAGAAGAUGCUUGGACAAUCAGACGGGCGAAGAAGUGGCGGCAAAGAUCAUCCGCAAAAGGAGAAAGGGAAAGAGCUGUCGGGAGGAGAUUCUACGAGAGGUGGUCAUGCUUGAAUUUGCCAUGGCCCACCCUCGACUGGUUUCCCUCAGGGAGGUGUUUGAGACGCAGUCAGAACUGAUUCUAGUCACGGAAUACUGUUCGGGUGGCGAACUGUUUGAUGAGUGUGUCAUCAAGGAAUCCUUCAAGGAGGACGAUGUGCGCAGACUCCUGGCACAGAUACUGGAAGGUUUGGCUUUCCUCCACGACAACAACAUUGUUCACCUGGAUCUCAAGCCACAGAAUAUUCUGUUGACAAAGCCUUUCCCAGAGGGAGAGGUGAAGAUCUGUGACCUGGGCUUUGCCUGCCUCACAAACACUGGGGAGGACAUCAGAGACAUCAUCGGAACUCCUGACUAUGUUGCCCCUGAAGUAUUAGACUAUGAGCCUCUCAAUAUUCAGACAGACAUGUGGAGCCUGGGAGUGCUGACCUAUGUUAUGUUGACUGCCUGUUCUCCCUUUGCUGGGGACACACAGCAAGAGACCUUCUGUAACAUCACCCAGGUGAAGUUGGAUUUCCCUGAAGACUUGUUUGGUCAUAUUAAUCCACUAGCCAAGGAUUUUAUAUCCAAGCUUUUGGUCAAAAGAGCACGUGACCGUAUGACUGCUAGACAAUGUUUCGACCAUCCUUGGCUGAAGGAUCUACAGAACACCAUGUCGUUGAACGUUCCUGUCUCGGAUCAUUCAGAAGAACUGGCCCAUGAUAUGGUCAUCCCCAGUAAUUGGCACAUGUCACCCGAUCGCCGAUCCAGUAUAUCAAACACUGACUGUCUGAGUACAGAUAACUCGUCUCGAGUAGAUGGACAUAGCUUAUCUUUGCCUGAUGUGAGUUUGAGCCAUAAAGAAAAAGCGUUAGGAUGUUUAAGUGAAGACAAAGAUUCCAUCAGUAAAACUUUGUCUCAUAUAGACAUUGACCGAAGGAGCCUGGACAGAAGCAGCACAGCUUCGUUUGAAACAUGCCCCGAGUGCGUAGACAAUGGUCUGGGAUCAGAUGCCAUACAACUGGAGUGUGGAUUUACCACAGACACAUCAGGUAAAGCCAUGAUUUCGUCUUCCACUUCUGGGGACACAGUCUCAGGGUUUGCCUCAGAAUUGGCUCAUUCUGUGACAGCAGCUAGAUCAGAAGAUGGUUCAGAUAGUUUGCAAGAGGAGCAUACUGUUUUAGGGUUUUCUGCUGCAGUGUCGAGUCAUGAAGGUCUAAACGAUUUCUGCCCGUCAACUCUUGAGGCCUCCGAGACUGACUUCCAGCCGAACCACAGCGCACCAGUAGCCUCAACUAUCAGUGAAGUGCCUACACACAGAGACAGCAGCAAGCAGACUUACAGCAAGAACAGGAUGUCCAUGGAGAUACCACCCAAGAAAGCCAAAUGUAUUGUUCAAGGGGAAGAAAUAGCUGAGGGAGCAAAGGCAGACAACCUGCAGUCCGCAACUGUGUUCAUUAACUCAGAGCAUACAUCAGAAAGUAGUGAACAGUGUAAAGAUCAGCCAGGGCAAGAAUGUAACGGCACCGAAGAAUUUAGAAAUGCAGUGUAA